AGCAACAGACCAGAAAGAUAUUGCCACUGUGUCCCAAAAGAUGUGCAAAAGGUUGUCCACCUAAGUUUGGCUAGAAAGCUCUGUAGACUGUAUACGCAUGCGCGGACUGUAGAGGGGAAAAACAAUCGGAUCAAGAUGGCUUCGUCCAUGAGUGGGAUGUUUAGCGGCCAGCAGCCUCCUGGGGCACAUCCUGUCGGGGGUCCCGGCGGACCGGGCCAACCGAGUUUUGCUAGUGCCGCUCCCAGGACGCAAGGAAGCAACACGCUGGUGGAUGAACUGGAGGCUUCUUUUGAGGCAUGUUUUGCAUCCCUGGUGAGCCAAGAUUACGUUAAUGGAACAGACCAGGAGGAGAUUCGAACAGGUGUGGACCAGUGCAUACAAAAGUUUCUGGAUGUGGCUCGGCAGACUGAGUGCUUCUUCUUACAGAAAAGGCUUCAGCUGUCUGUGCAGAAACCAGAGCAAGUGGUGAAAGAGGAUGUGUCAGAGUUGCGUAAUGAACUACAGAGAAAAGAAAUGCUGGUUCAAAAGCACUUGACGAAGCUACACCACUGGCAACAAGUGCUGGAGGAUGUGAGCGGCCAGCAUCGUAAACCCUCAGACCUUCCCCCUCCUGGACCGCUGGCCUUUCUGGAGCAAGCCUCUGCAAAUCUGCCCCCUGCCCCUUUAAAGCAAAACUAACGCACCACAUGUACAGUCACAUCAUUUGAAACUGCCCCGCUCUCAAAAUGUGCUGUUAUGCAUCCAGUGUGUGUAAUAAACGCCUGGAAACAGCAAAACAGUCGCUUGCCAAAAUAAAGACUCUGCAAGGUUGGGAUUGACCUGAGUCCGCCGAGGCUGGCUGGAGAUGACACAGAAACAAGAUAUGUGAGCUUGCAUUCAUCAGUUGUGCAUGCCUCAUUUGAAGUAAUGGGCAAAUAAAGUCUGGAUUUGAAGGAUGGCAGUGUAAUGUGACUGUAUCUAAAACAAAGAGCACUUUCCUGCAGAAAUGUGGGGAGGUUAUUACAAUAUUUCUACAGUUUUUUUCCUCUGUUUUCAUUUAUGUAAAUAUUUUCAUUGUUGAUUUUUUUUUAUUGUAAAAAUAAAAUAUAAUUUUUGAAACUA